AACCCCAUGUUACCAUCGGCGUACCCCUCGCCAGUGCGAUGUUAUUUGAUACGAAUUGUAAAACUUUGAAUUACAGAUCACUCCCACAGUGACCGUACGAAGCACAAGACACGCGUCUCCUUUUUCUCCUCCAUCCGAACUCUUCUCUAACCUCUCGGGUUAGCUCAGUGGCGACGAGGAAAAGUAGAAGUUUUUGGGUUUUUUUUUCGCACAAGUUGGUACAGCGUGACGUUUUGUUGCUGGAGUAAGGACGUGCCGUUCCGGAUUGCAGUUUUUUCAACGUUUUUAUCGGAGUUUCAUUCCCGGCGGAACGAGCAUCAGCAUCGGACGGAGGACGCGCAUUUGACGGACUUCGCAGUUUAGAGUUUUUUUCUGGUGGAGUUUUUUCCCGCUUGGUUUUGCCAAGGAGGUGUCGUUUACGGGUGAAGUUGGUUUUUCCAGAAAACUGCGUAAGUAGAGUGCAAAUUUGCUGCGUCUAGGAGGUCGCAUUGUUGAGAAUUGUGCGUGUGUUCAUUCGCCAUUUUCUUUGCCUAGCAAGCGAGGCAUUUGGCGUCAGUAUUCUUUUGUGUUGAUUGAUUUCACACAUACUACCACACAACACUUAAGAUACACACACUUUUAGUGGUGAUACAUUUUUGUGUCGCACAGGUUGUUGCAUCAUUGUAGCAUCGUUGUUGCAUCAUUAUUCAAUUUGGUGUGCAAUUGAUUGCUGACAGUUUUGUUGCGUUUGAUGUUGGCAACGUUUUAGUUUGACGAGUUUUUAUUUUGAGAACGAUUUCUUAUCAUUGUUUGUUUACGUUUUGUUUUAUUUAUUUUUUUAUUAUGUCAGAUUCGAACUCAAAAAUGCCGUUUAGUAUCGAGCCAUUCAUCCCCGGCGCCGUUUCGUUUUUGCAAUUCCUAGAGCAAUUGGAAUGGGUUUUCGAGCAUCAUAAAGUGACGAGUGAUGAAGACAAAAGAACGUCGUUUAUGGCGACGUGUAAUCGCGAGGUUUAUUCGGAGAUUAAGCGUUUGUUCCCCGGUAAAGAUCUUAAGAAGCUCACGUUUAAGGAAAUUACGGAAGCGUUGCAAAAGCGUUACGACAAGUCGGUUGCUGGUUUUAUUCAGCGAUUCAACUUCUACAAUCGUGUUCAAGGGUCAAACGAGUCGGCAGAGGAUUUUAUCUUGGACGUGAAGCAGCAAGCGGAGUUGUGUGAUUUCGGCGACUUUAAGAACACAGCGAUCCGCGACAAGCUGAUUUGCGGGAUGGCCGAUUCCGUUUUGCAAGAAUCGUUGUUUGAUGAAGAAGAUCUGUCCUUGUCCCGAGUUGAAAAGUUGAUCCUGAAUCGUGAAGCCAACAACGCGAGGAAGAAGAUAAUAGCUGGUGACAGACGUGCCAGUGUGUUGAAUCGUCUUGGCAGACGUGACGGAGCACCUGCUUACAAGGGUCGGUCUCGUAGCAGAGGGCGCGAUCUGCGAGGAAGGAGCAGGAGUCGUUCUGGUUCGUUUGACCGCAGGAAGCGUGAUUCUAAAAAGCAGUUUUUCUGCACGUUUUGUCGUCGUAAUGGCCAUACCAGACCUUACUGCUACGAUUUGCCUAAAAACAAGAAGUCAGUGAAGUUUGUUGACGAGCAGCCAUCAGUGCAACAGUCAUCAGAUCAACCAAAGUCGUCGCGCAACAAGUUUGAUCGGUCGGUUACUGACGAUGAAUGUGACAUGCAAUGCUUGAGCAUCUCGUCAGUUAACAAAGUUAAUGAGUCGUGUAUCAGAAAAGUUUUUGUUGCAAGUUUGUUGAUCUCGAUGGAAGUUGACUGUGGUGCAGCUGUUUCUGUUGUUUGCUGGAGCACUUACAACAAGAAGUUUAGUCACAUUCCUUUAGAAAAGUGCAACAAGAAGCUCGCGGUGAUCAAUGGCAGCAGUUUAAAGGACGAGAUUGGCUGGACGUUUUCUUUCCGGGUUGGCGCAACACGUUUGGAGAGACCAGCAGGGUGAAUCAGGUGGCAAAUACGGCGGAUCAAGUUUUAGCUGAGAUUGAGAGUAAGUUUUCAAACGUUUUUGAUAAAUCUUUAGCUACGCCGAUUAAAGGUUUUGAGGCAGAUUUAGUCCUGAGAGAUGAUACACCGAUUUUCAAACGGGCUUAUGACGUUCCAUUAAGGCUUAGAGAUCAAGUUUAUCAACAUUUGGAAAGUUUGGAAAAAGAUGGCGUCAUAACUCCGGUUGACGCAAGUGAGUGGGCGUCUCCGGUGAUCAUUGUUGUCAAGAAGGAUGGUGGUAUUAGGAUGGUGAUUGACUGCAAAGUUUCGAUCAAUAAGGUCAUCAUUCCUAACACUUAUCCACUUCCGUUGCCUCAGGAUUUGUUUGCUUCUUUAGCUGGAGCUAAGUUGUUUUGCUCGCUGGAUUUAACUGGAGCGUAUACACAGUUGCUUUUGUCAAAGAAAUCUAGAAAGUUGAUGGUGAUUAACACUAUAAAGGGUUUGUUUUUGUACAAUCGUUUGCCGCAAGGUGCUUCUUCAAGUGCAGCAAUUUUUCAGAAGAUCAUGGAGCAAAUUUUGAAGGGCAUUGUUGGAGUUUAUUGUUAUUUAGACGAUGUGUUGAUAGCAGGCAAAGACUUUGAGGACUGUAAGAGUAAGCUUUACUUGGUUUUAGACCGUCUUUCUAAGGCCAAUGUAAAAGUCAAUUUUAAGAAAUGCAAAUGGUUUGUUUCAAGUUUGCUGUUUCUGGGACAUGUGUUGACAAAUGAUGGUUUGUUGCCGUGUCCAGAUAAGGUUGAGACGAUUCGGAGAGCAAAAAUUCCGAGUAAUGUUUCAGAGCUUAAAGCAUUUUUGGGGUUAGUAAAUUACUACGGUAAGUUUAUUCCCCAUUUGUCUUCUCGCCUCAGUUGUUUGUAUCGUUUAUUAAAGAAAGACGUUAAGUUUGUUUGGACUGGUGAUUGUAGUCGUGUGUUUGAAGAUUGUAAACAAGCCUUGCUCACUUCAAAGAUGUUGGAGUUGUUUGAUCCUGAAAAGCCAGUUGUUGUUGUUACUGACGCUUGUAGUUACGGGUUAGGUGGAGUAAUAGCGCAUGAAAUCAAUGGUGAGGAAAGACCAAUAAGCUUUACUUCGUUUAGUUUGACAGAAGCCCAGAAAUCCUACCCAAUUUUACACUUGGAGGCACUUGCUGUUGUUUGCACCAUAAAAAAGUUUCAUAAGUUUUUGUUUGGCAAAGAGUUUACUGUGUAUACGGAUCAUAAACCUUUAGUUGGUAUUUUCGGCAAGGAAGGCAGGAACAGUUUGUUUGUGACGCGUUUGCAGAGAUAUGUUUUGGAACUGAAUAUCUACAAGUUUGAAAUAGUUUACAGACCGUCAUCAAAAAUGGGCAACGCAGAUUUCUGCUCAAGAUUUCCAUUGCCAGAAGAAGUUCCACUUUCACUUCAGAACGAGUUUAUUAAGACACUGAAUGUUUACAACGAGUUUCCAUUGGACCAUAUUUUGAUUGCACAAUAAACAAAAGAGGACAAGUUGUUGCAAAAGAUCUUGAACUACAUGAAGCAUGGUUGGCCACAAAAUUUGGAUCGUUGUUUGGCAAAUGUUUAUGCUCAGCAUCAGGAUCUGGAGUUUGUUGAUGGUUGUUUGUUGUAUCAAGAUCGUGUUGUUAUUCCGUUUAGUUUGCAGAAACAGAUUCUAAAGUUGUUGCAUCGGAAUCAUUCUGGUAUUACAAAGAUUAAACAGUUGGCACGCCGGACAGUUUAUUGGUUCGGUAUGAACGGUGAUAUUGAAAGUUUUGUUAAAUCUUGCCAUGUUUGUUGCCAGAUGAAUGUUGUUCCGAAACAAGUUCCUCAUUCUCCUUGGAUUCCAACCACAAAGCCGUUUGCUAGAAUUCAUGCUGAUUUCUUUCAUUUUGAUAAGAAAGUUUUUCUAGUUAUUGUUGACAGUUUUUCAAAAUGGAUUGAAGUUGAGUACAUGAAGUUUGGUACAGAUGCUAGAAUAGUAAAGUCAAAGUUUAUCUGUUUCUUUGCUAGGUUUGGAUUGCCAGAUGUUGUCGUGACAGAUGGUGGACCACCGUUUAAUUCGAAGGAUCUUAUUGAUUUCUUCGAAAAGAACAAAGUUGUUGUCAUGAAGUCUCCACCGUACAAUCCAUCCAGCAAUGGACAGGCAGAGCGCAUGGUUAGACUAGCAAAAGAUGGUUUGAAAAAGUUGUUGUUGGAUCCAGAGAUGAACAAGUUGACUACCGAGGAUUUGGUUUCGUGUUUUCUGUUUAGCUAUCGGAAUACUUGUUUGGAAGAUGGUUCUUCGUUUCCUUCCGAGAGGUUGUUUAAUUAUAAGCCAAAGACGCUGUUGGACUUGAUCCAUCCAAAGAAUAGUUUUAGUAAACACUUGACGCCACGUGACGUGGAGAAAGAUGUUGUUGUUGUUGGUGAUCGUCAUGUGAAGAAUCGAAAGUUUGAUUGGGUUGACCGUUUAAGUCCUGGUGAUUCUGUUUACUUCAAAAAUUUUAAACCUACAGAGAUCAGGCGUUGGUUACUAUCAAGUUUUAUAAGACGUGUUUCUCCCAAUACUUUCCAGGUUUCCCUGGGUGGUCGGACGUAUCUCGCUCAUCAAAAUCAGCUGAAAGAAGCGCCGAAGGAGGACUAUCAGCGGAAGGUCGUGGUCACGGCACGGAGCGAGCGUCGAGGUACUAAAAGGGGGAGAGAGCGGUACGGUGAUGCUGCUUACGAGGAUGGAGAGGACAGUUUUUACGGGUUUGCUGCGGAUUCGUUCGUCUUCGCUGAAGAUUCGAAUGAUGGUGUUGAUGUCGACAUGGAGGUUGACAUGGAACGAGAAGGAGUUUCAAGGCUGUCGAGCGUUGAUCGUGAAUCGCAGAUUCGCGACGAUCCAGUCGAAGGAAGUUCCACACAAAGGCUCCCGGAUUUUUCUGUCCCAUCGAUCGAUAAUCGUGCAGUAGUGCGUCGUUCGACGCGAUCGAAACGUUACAAGAAAGAUAAAGAUUUCGUUUAUUAUUAGGUUUUUUUUCCUUUGUUGAAUUGUUUAGUUUGUUUAAAGGUUUUUCCUAAUAGCUAAGUUGUUUAACAUUCUGAAUUAGUUAAAUAAUGUUGAUUAUAUUUAGUUGUUUACUUAAGGGUGAGAACUGUGGUAACCCCAUGUUACCAUCGGCGUACCCCUCGCCAGUGCGAUGUUAUUUGAUACGAAUUGUAAAACUUUGAAUUACAGAUCACUCCCACAGUUACCGUACGAAGCACAAGACACGCGUCUCCUUUUUCUCCUCCAUCCGAACUCUUCUCUAACCUCUCGGGUUAGCUCAAAAACAACAAACCAAGGCUGCUUCUGUGGAGUCGAUGGUCGGCGAAUGGACUCGCAAUCCAUGGGUCGUCAGUUCGAAUUCUGGAGUGAAAGGUUCCUUUGAGUAAAAGGAGGUUUGGGUGCUCUCCCGAUUGAAGCCCUUCGGACCAGACAUGCACCGGCACCAGGGCCCCGGCGAAGUGGCUGUUGUCGAAUAAAGACCACAGUCCGGAUCACCAAAUCAGGAGCGGAUUCUGUAGCCGGCUUCAUGGCUGGAACAUUGAGCAUAUUUUUAAUUUAAGAACAAAUCUUUAUUAAACACAAAAUCUCUUCUAAAAAACGUCAUUUUAAACCGAAUAGAAAAUUUUCAACCACCAUCGUCUGUGGCCAUCUUACUAAUGAUGAAGAGUUUUCCCCAAACGCAUUCAAAACCCAAAACUUUCGAAUCUCACGUGGUUUUCACUUCGAAGUCAAGGGAUAAGUCAAAUGGGGCAAAUCGAAGUGCAAUCCAUUUUAAUCUAACGUGAACACCAUAUGAAAAAAGCGUGAAGGGUUUUGCUCUAGCGAUCAGCUGGUUUCAAAUGAUUUUCACAUGGAUUUGACAUGCAAAGCAUGUUUUGGUCAAAGGAAAAGCAUGUGAAUUUAUCGUGUUGAUUUUUGGAGCGGUUCACGUGGAAAAACACAUGAAUUUGCUAUUUUGGUUUCUUUCAGUGUAUAGCGGCACUCAGCUUUGUUCUAGAUGGAAUUUUCUGCAGAUGCAUUUCUGCUCCUAUGUUCGAGCAAAAAAACAGUCAAACCAUCCACAUUAACGACCCCCGGGUCUUUUGUGGUCUCUAUUGCAAGUUUCUGCUCGAACCUAGGAGUCCGAAGGCUUGAAUGGAGAGGGCACCCAAACCUCUUUCUACUCCAAGGAACCUUCCACCCCAGUGUUUGAACUGACGUCCUUUGGAUUGCGAGUCCAACCGCCGCCAGCGAUUCCACCGGAGUAGGCUUGGUUUGGUGUGUUGUUUGUACUUCUGGCAUGGAAACAACUCCUACUCCUACCUGGAAUGACUUAACGGCCUAACAACCAAGGCCGGGACCGACAUUUUACUUCCUCAUCCGAUGGAAGGUUGCAGCAGAUGGGAAUCGAACCCAGAAUCAUCCGCUUACAAAGCGGACAGCGUAACCAUUCGGCCACGCACUGCCACUGCCGCACUGCCGAGCAGAAACUGGAAAUAAAUGAAACAAAAGACCUGUUCUGUUUGUAUCUUGUCACAAUCUGCCAUUGUGACAACUGGCCAAUAGAGAUUUAGCCAGAAGACGUUUUGUCACAUGCAAAUGCCCCCCGAAUACUGCAUAGAUUUUUUAUUUUAAUUCGGGAUUCCUUCAACAAACUGUAACUAAAUUUAUGGACAAUACCACGACAAUACACAUAAUGGUCAGCCAAACAAAAUGUGUUUUUAUUGUUAACAUUGUGAGAUUUUGUAUCUUUUUUCCAAGGUCAUGGUGGUCAAACGUUGAAACACGUUUUUCACAGAACAUAAAAAAGUGACGUAAAUAUUUGUGAUAUUUGAUGAAAAAUAAUAAACGAUUUAUUUUUUUAUUUUUUGUGUUUUAUGCUUUUAUUAACCAUUUAUAGACUGCUCUUAGAAGCCAUGCUAGACUAAGCUACUUUAAGUAUCAGUUUUCAAUUUCAAGUGAUUUGUGUGUUGUUCCUUUCUUUUUUCUUUAUGUGGAAGAGUUUUUUUUACUACUCUACCAAUCUUUGCUAGACCUACUGUACUGGGAUCUAAACUAAGCUGUUUCUCUUUUUAUUCUCUCACAAUGCUAAUGAGUACUAACUACUUUUUAUUAGAUAUAUAUGCAUUAGUGAAAAGUCUAUAAGUUAGAUGAAUAUGCGCCAAUCUUUUUGCACUCGUUUCGCGUGUAUGUGUGUGUUUGUGUUGUAUGUGUGAAUCUUCUAACAAAACGACACACGUUUGGUCGUGCGCAUCGCGUGUGUAACAACAUAACUGGUUUAACAGAACAAUAACUAAUCACAUGCCACUUUUAGCUAAAAAACAAUCCAUCAUCAUUAUGAUGCUUUUCUAUCUACCUUAAACAUUUCCACUUUCUGUAUGGCAUUUGCCGCGUGUCGCGUUUCCAUCGUGCAGUAACUUUAACGUUCCAUUGUAUUAGUGUGUGUGUGUUUGCUACAAUCAGCUUCCGAUUGCCGCCGCUUGGCGGCAGCACUCCUCCUCACAUGUAAAUAUCAAAAUAUAAAUAUAUUGGACUCUUUGCUCUUGUUUGUUCUUCUUGCAUCCCUGGCUGGUUCACUUUGUGGGUGUGUUUCCUGAUUCGCAGUAAGCUUCUUCUAUUGUUUUGGCUAUUCUUUUUUCCCUACCAUUUGCACCUUUUGUCGUUCCUUGUUAUUUGUGUGUUUUCAACAUAAGUAGGAUUGUUUUAGUUGCGUGUGUUGUACAGAGGGGUUGUGUGUGUAUGUGUGUGUUUGUUCUCUCCAAUACACUCGUAAGUAAUACUGAUCACAGACUGUUGCACAUUCAUUCAAGGUUGAUUAUUAAGUUCCUUUUGUUUCUAACAAUAUAUUUUUAUACUUUCGUCUUACGUUUCUUUUAAGGGAUCAAGAAA